ACCCUGUGGAGAAGCAUGUCGAAUGCCUCUAUUCAAUUAUUUGCAGAAUCCUUCACUUCCUUCACUUCCCAGUCGCAAUCCAAUCGUAUGCCCCAAUCUCAGACUCCCGGUCUUGAUACGCUUGCAGAGGGGUCGCAAUAUGCACUCGAGCAGUUGCAGCUAUCACGCCAAGCUGGCGCGACACCCAUCCUCAGAACCGAUCGCCAAGGCAAACCUUUGAAUAAUCCCGAAACGUCGCAAUCGUCAUAUUUGCAAUCAUACAAUGAGCAUCAUCGCACACUUUCCACAGGGAGACAUUCUUCUCAAACCCGUGACAUCCUCAUGGAGGCUCGCUCCGCUAUUCGCAAAACUUCAUCUGCAACUGGGGUGCGCCGAAGGAUUAGUCGGGCCUGCGAUCAGUGCAACCAACUACGCACCAAAUGUGACGGGCAAAACCCUUGCGCGCAUUGCAUAGGUAAUGAUUAUCCCUCAAUUGAUGUUUUCUCAUCUAAUAAAUUUCUAGAGUUUGGAUUAAGUUGUGAGUAUGCACGACAGCGCAAAAAGCGAGGGAAAGCUUCAAAAAAAGAUCUCGCGACGGCUACCAUUGAUGGCACCAAAGACAACAAAGACAGUCCUUCUGCACAUGACAAUUCUCCACCCUCAGAAUCUCCACAUGAUGUCAAUGGACCAUAUGACCCGAAUUUUCCUGAGCCAGCGCAUACAAUACUGCACGAUUCCAUCCAAGGGGUGCCCAGAAUGCAUCAGAACUCGAACUCCACGUCAAGUGUACAUCCACCACAGUCAAUAGGAUCAAAUAUGGACGGUAAUUCUCUGAACUACGGAAGUUUAUCAGAAUCAAAUCGGCCCCCGAUCUCCGUAUCCGACUUGCGGUCUCUUCACAUGAUGCAACAGUCGAAUGGGAAUAUUCGGCCGACACCAGCAAUGAUGCACCCUCAGGGAUUCGGGGCUGGCUAUCACGAUGGCUCUUACCAGAUGAUGAACACACAUGAGAUAGCCCAAACUCCAAUCAACACCCAAUUUCGACUUCCAGGCUCGGCAGAAAGCCCACCCGCUUCAUUCAUGGGAUUCACACCUCCAGCACAGUCGCCCAGCUGGCUUCCUCUCCCCUCUCCAGCUCCUGCCCACUUUCCAUCCUUUACAAUAGCGCCAUUUCCAAGUUCAUUGAGAUACCCUGUCUUGCAGCCCGUUCUUCCUCAUAUUGCUUCUAUUAUCCCUCAGUCUCUUGCCUGCGAUCUCCUAGAUGUUUACUUUACUAGCUCUUCUUCAUCUCACCUCUCACCAUCAUCACCAUACGUCGUCGGUUUUGUCUUUCGCAAGCAAUCAUUUCUCCAUCCGAUCAAGCCGAGAGUAUGCAGCCCCGGUCUAUUGGCUAGUAUCCUCUGGGUGGCAGCACAAACCAGCGAAGCCGCAUUCUUAACUUCCCCACCAUCCGCACGAGGCAGAGUCUGCCAAAAGCUUCUUGAAUUGACCGUGGGGCUGCUUCGGCCGCUCAUUCACGGGCCAGCCACGGGGAGGGCCUCGCCCAAUUAUCCUGCAAGCAUGGUCAUCAAUGGAGUUGCUCUUGGUGGAUUCGGUGUCUCUAUGGACCAAAUAGGUGCACAAAGUAGUGCAACGGGUGCCGUGGACGAUGUGGCGACGUAUGUUCACCUGGCCACAGUGGUUUCAGCAAGCGAAUAUAAAGCAGCUAGCAUGCGCUGGUGGACUGCAGCGUGGUCUCUCGCACGAGAACUCAAACUGGGUCGCGAGAUGCCACCUAAUACAGCUCGUCAAGAUGGCGAACUAGAAGGAGAAGAACUAGAUCAAAAUGGGAACAAAAGGCAAUCCUCAUCCUUUCUGAACCCCAUGGGCCAGGGACCUGGUAAUUCAGUUAUCAAUUUAACGGAAGAGGAACGUGAAGAACGCCGACGCAUCUGGUGGCUUCUAUACGUAAUGGAUAGGCACCUAUCUCUGUGCUAUAAUCGCCCAUUAACACUACUAGAUAAAGAAUGCGAAGGCCUCUUGCAGCCCAUGAAUGACGACCUUUGGCAAGCAGGCGAUUUCUCAGCUACUAGCUAUCAGCGUGCGGGUCCCGCCUUUGAAUGCACCAGCCAUAGCAUGUUCGGCUAUUUCCUACCUCUGAUGUCGAUCCUUGGAGAGAUUGUGGAUUUACAGCAUGCUCGAAAUCAUCCACGGUUUGGUCUUCAUUUUCGUAAUAGCGGUGAAUGGGAAAGCCAGGCUGUUGAUAUUACUCGGCAGUUAGAUGUCUAUGCCCAGAGCUUGAAGGAUUUUGGGGCCCGAUAUACCAAUUCUCUGACUCGCGACAACGAGAUGGCCAUGGAAGGAUCGCACAUGAACCAUAUUAGUCCCUCUGAUCGUUCAAGCUCCACUGGCGGAUCGCACUUUCAUGAAUCCAUCGUACAUACGAAGAUGGUUGUCGCGUACGGCACGCAUAUCAUGCAUGUUCUUCACAUUUUGCUGGCUGGUAAAUGGGAUCCCAUCAAUCUCCUCGACGAUAAUGACCUCUGGAUUUCGUCUGACUCUUUUGUCACCGCAAUGGGCCAUGCCGUCAGUGCCGCCGAGGCAGCUUCUGACAUUCUAGAAUAUGACCCGGACCUGAGUUUCAUGCCAUUUUUCUUUGGAAUCUACCUUUUGCAAGGAAGUUUUCUCUUGUUGUUGACAGCGGACAAGUUGGCAGCAGAUUCUAGUCCCAGUGUUGUCAGGGCAUGUGAGACGAUUGUUCGGGCUCACGAGGCGUGUGUUGUGACUUUGAACACGGAAUAUCAGAGAACCUUCCGUAAAGUAAUGCGCUCAGCUCUUGCUCAAGUUCGAGGCCGUAUUCCGGAAAAUUUCGGUGAACAGCAACAGCGUCGCCGUGAAGUGAUGGCCGUCUACCGUUGGAGCGGAGAUGGCAGCGGCCUCGCUCUGUGA